GAAACCAUGGCCGACCACCUGGUGGACGGCCCGCCGAAUAAGCGGCCGAAGCUCGGAGAUCCUUUUCAAGGAACUUCGGACUCCGCGGUGGGUAUGGCGCCUCUAAUGAUGCACCAUGCUUAUACAAACUACGGGGGAGGUGGCAGUGGUAACAUGCAACAAAUGCAGGGCCCGCCACAACAGCUACAUCUGCAACAGCAUCAGCUGCAGCCACAUUGGAACAACCAUACCGUCCAGAAAAGAAAUUACAUAACAAACACAGAUAUGUUUGAUCUUGAAAAUGAUCUUCCUGAUGAUCUGUUGUCAACGGGCUCUUGGGGUUCUGCAACUGAGAGUGCUAAACCACCCGCGACAGGCCCAGGACCAGGGCAGCAAAAUGGUGCCCUUGACUCUGAACUCAGACAGCAUGUACAGCAACAGCAACAACUUUCACAUCACUUAAUACAACAACAAGGCAACAAGAACUUGGUUGCUAAUUCUUUAGUAAUGACCACUGGUACUUUGGGUAAUAAAAGUCCAAACAUGCAAUCUCCACCAAAUGUUUCUGUCUCUAAAGUAGUAGAUCCUCAAAUGGUCGUGAGCCUGGGAAAUUUACCUAGUAGCAUAGCCAGUUCUUUGGCAAAUAAUCAAAUGUCUAUCGCAAAUUCGAUGGGAAGCCUUCAAUCAUCGAUGAGCAUGGCGGGAAGUAAUCCUACCAUGUCAAUGCCAGGUGGAAUGAAUUCUGGCCUAGUUAUGACCAGCAGUGCUAGUGGAAAUAAUAAUAUGGGGGGAAUGGCAGGAGGAAGUUUAAUUGUAACAAACAGUUUGAACAAACAACCUUUAAAUACUGUAACUAUGAUGGGUCCCAAUACUCAAGGAAUUCAUCACCCAGGUGGAGCGCAUGGUGUUGCUCAGUUGCAAAAUGGACCUGGAAUAAUGAAUACUAGAGCUGUUGCAAUGCAACAACAGCAACAAGCUCAUAUGGUAGGUCCAACGCGGGGUCAAAGUCCGCAUCAACAAGUACAUCAAGUCGGUAUUGUUGGUCCUGGACAAGGAGGACCACGAAUGCAAGCUCCUCCAAAUAUGGCGAAUAUGCCGAAUAUGGGACAGAUUGGUGCGUCCAGUCCUUAUGGUUAUGGAUCUCCAGCUAGCGGGCAAGGCCCUGGCGUUCCUGUCUGUACUAACAGUCCUGUCGGGGUUGUUGCACCCCAGCAAAAAGGAGUGGGAACAAAUAUGACUGCUAUGCAAGCUGGUAGAUUCGGUGGGACUGCAGGUCCCAUUGGUUCUACGAAUGUUGUGGGAGGUCAGGAAGGUGGUAUGGCACAACAAGCUCAACCACCUGCUCCGAGUCCGGCUCAACCUCAGUCUGGUGCACCAAGCGGAGGACAACCUGGCCCGCAACAGGCUACUCAGGGUCAAUUACCUGGCGCUGGAGCUCCGACUAGUGCAACAAAAUCAACCACCGAUCCAGAAAAGCGUAAACUUAUUCAACAACAAUUAGUUCUUCUUCUUCAUGCGCAUAAAUGUCAACGACGGCAAAGUCAAGCGAACGGCGACGUUGGCUGGCAAUGUUCGUUGCCGGAUUGUAAAACUAUGAAAAAUGUUUUGACGCAUAUGACAUCUUGUCAAUUAGGAAAGAAUUGUACAGUGCCACACUGUAGCUCCUCGAGACAAAUUAUUAGCCAUUGGAAACAUUGCAAUCGUAACGACUGUCCGGUCUGUUUACCUUUGAAGCAAGCAAAUAAGAAUAAAACGACAAACGCUGCCGCAGUAUCUACAACACAACCAAAUAGUCAACCAAAUCCAAGUCCGACCGAGAUGAGAAGAGCAUACGAUGCUUUAGGUAUUCAGUGUCCUACGACGACGUCUGGUAUGGUGCCUGGUCAGUGUGUCAGUAGAAGAAUGCCAGCGCCGACCAUGCAGGGAGCUCCCGGUUCGAUUGGAAACGUUAGGCUAGCUCAACCUCAAACUCAGCCUGCACCCGGUCAGUCAGUCGUUGGAGCUGGACAACAAGUAGUCGCUCCAAAUGUGUCUCUUCCUUUAAAUUCUGAUCCUAACACAGUUGGAGUAGCUGGUAACCAGGCAGCACCUACCAGCGGGCCCACGCCUGCUGUAGCGGCAGUUGCCGCGAACAUACAACAGUCUGUUAACAUGCAACAAUUAUUUGGUUUGAACGAUUCGGGACAGCUUAACGUUCCUGAGAACAGACUGGCUAGCCUGCAGCUUCCAGCUGGACUUCAACCAGGUCAAGUAACAGCGACACCGGUGCAGGGAACAAAGGAUUGGCAUCAGUCUAUCACUCCAGAUCUUAGAAAUCACCUUGUUCAUAAAUUGGUUCAAGCAAUAUUUCCAACUCCUGAUCCGCAAGCCAUGCUGGACAAAAGAAUGCACAAUCUGGUUGCGUACGCGAGGAAGGUUGAAGGUGAUAUGUAUGAAAUGGCUAAUUCGAGAUCGGAAUAUUAUCAUUUACUCGCUGAAAAAAUAUACAAAAUUCAGAAGGAAUUGGAGGAGAAACGACAGAAACGGAAAGAACAGCAACAACAACAGUUACAAGCUCAACAACAACAGCAACAACCUCAGCCUUCCGGAACGUCCGGUUCGGGUCUAAGGCCGUGCGCUCCGCCGGUUGUCGGCACCGUUCCACCAUCGAGACCAGUCGGGACAGUUACCCCUAGUUUACGAAGUCAUUCGCCAAUGGGACAACUUGGAACUUUACCUGCAAUGAGCAUUCCGCACAAUAGAAUGCAGUUUCCUCAACAACAACAAACGCAACAACAGCAACAAGUUCAAGUUCAAGCCCAAACCAAAGUCCAAGCUCAGGCUCAGGCUCAGGCCCAAGCUCAGGCCCAGGCUCAAGUUCAACAACAAAUGCAACAACAGCAGCAGCAGCAACAACAACAACAACAGCAGCAGCAGCAAGGAAUUUUAGUUGGCCCACCAGGUCCUAGUCCAAACGGGCAGGCAUCCUCUAACCCUAACGUCGUUCCAAAUCCUGGCCUCAGUCCUUUCGGACAACCACAGAUGUCACAAGCAAGUUUAACGACAACAACUACGUCUGCAACAACUAGUCAAUUUCCAAACUCGAACGGCACUUCCGGCUUACCUAACAGUUCUCCUGUACAAAAUCAACACCAGUUUCCUGAUCUGAUGAAAGUUAGGUUGGCUCAGUUAAGUUGUUCUCAGGCACAAGCAGCGCAAGCAGCAAUUGCGCAUCAACACCAACAGCAGCAGCAGCAGCAGCAACAACAGCAGCAGCAGCAGCAGCAGCCAUCGCAAGCUCAACAACAACAAUCGAAUCAAUCGCAACAACAACCAACGAGCACUUCGAAUCAAAGUGCCACGACGACGUCCAUGCCGCAAGCACCAUCACCUUUCAGUGGCAUACAACAACAAAAUAGUCAGCAACAAAAUCAAUUUAACAGUAGUCGGCCUCUGUCCGUUUCAACACCUAACGACAACGGUAUCAGUACCUCGACUCCUCAAACGAUACCACCUCCCGCUUCCAGCGGGCCUAGUCCCAGUCCAGCGACAGCGACGAACGGUCCUCAAUCAACCACUUCCACGCCUAACACGCCAUUAGUUCCUUCCUUAAUGACUCCAAAUCAGACGGUAUCCGCGAAUCAAACGCCUCCUCACCCUGCCACCACGCCAUCCCCGGCAGGGCUCGCAAAUCUUGGGAAAGGUAUGACGUCCCAGGAAAGAGCCGCGCUUAACGCGCCAAGAACUUCGUCCAUGUCUUCGCAAAUGGCUGCCAUCACAGCUGCUUUAGACCGUGAUAAUUCUCCUAGUCCACCAAUGAAUAAUAAUAAGGGAAAGCUGGAUUCUAUCAAAGAAGAGAAUAUGAAGAUGGAAAUCAAAUCGGAGGAUGGUUCUGAGAAUCACAGGAUGGACGGUGGUAAGAAUGUUAAUAACGAGGUGUCUAUUAAAACUGAAAUCAAAACUGAACCGAUGGAAGAAGGUUCCGGCGAGGGUAUCGUGAAGGAGGAAUCGUCUGGUAUCAAAGAGGAGCCAGUCACGCCGAUGUCCGGUCAAGAUUCCACGACGCCGGACAUCAAACCGUUGGUUCCUGAACCGAUACAGCCGAGUGGAACGUCGGCGGACAAGAAACGAUUGUGUUUGUUUAAACCGGAUGAAUUGCGGCAGGCGUUGAUGCCAACUUUGGAGAAACUUUAUCGUCAAGAUCCAGAAUCCAUACCGUUCAGACAGCCUGUUGAUCCACAGGCGUUAGGAAUUCCAGAUUAUUUUGAUAUCGUUAAAAAACCUAUGGACCUUUCUACUAUCAAAAGGAAAUUGGAUACAGGGCAGUAUAGUGAUCCAUGGGAGUACGUUGACGAUGUGUGGAUGAUGUUCGACAAUGCCUGGCUUUACAAUCGUAAAACCUCGCGCGUAUACAGAUAUUGCACAAAGCUAUCGGAGGUUUUCGAACAAGAAAUAGACCCUGUAAUGCAAGCUCUAGGAUAUUGUUGCGGAAGAAAGUACACGUUCAAUCCACAGGUUCUUUGUUGUUAUGGAAAACAGCUUUGUACGAUACCGAGAGACGCGAAGUACUACUCCUAUCAGAAUAGUAGUCUAAAGGCAUAUGGUCUUUCCGACAGAUACACCUUCUGUCAGAAAUGUUUCAACGACAUUCCUGGUGACACUGUGACAUUGGGAGACGAUCCAACGCAACCUCAAACUGCCAUUAAAAAGGAACAGUUCCAGGAGAUGAAGAACGAUCACUUGGAAUUGGAGCCGUUUGUUGUGUGUACAGAUUGCGGUAGAAAAGUUCAUCAGAUUUGUGUUCUUCACAUGGAAUCAAUCUGGCCCUUAGGGUUUACUUGUGAUAACUGUUUGAAAAAGAAAGGACAAAAGAGGAAAGAGAAUAAGUUUAACGCUAAACGUUUACCGGUCACUAAAUUGGGUACCUAUAUAGAAACUCGGGUGAAUAAUUUCUUAAAGAAAAAAGAAGCCGGUGCCGGUGAAGUUGCGAUUAGAGUAGUAGCGUCCAGUGAUAAAGUUGUGGAAGUGAAGCCAGGAAUGAGAAGUAGAUUCGUAGAGAACGGUGAUAUGCCAGGGGAAUUUCCGUACAGAGCGAAAGCGUUGUUCGCGUUCGAAGAAGUUGACGGCACGGACGUGUGCUUUUUCGGCAUGCACGUGCAAGAAUAUGGCAGCGAAUGCACGCCACCCAAUACUCGAAGGGUUUAUAUCGCGUACUUGGAUUCUGUACACUUUUUCCGGCCUAGACAAUUUCGUACAGCGGUGUAUCAUGAAAUUCUUCUCGGUUACUUGGAUUACGCGAAACAACUUGGCUACACUAUGGCUCAUAUUUGGGCUUGUCCACCUUCCGAAGGAGAUGAUUAUAUCUUUCACUGCCAUCCCCAAGAGCAAAAAAUUCCAAAGCCUAAGAGAUUACAAGAAUGGUAUAAGAAAAUGCUGGAUAAAGGCAUGGUUGAAAGGAUCGUACUUGAUUAUAAGGAUAUCUUGAAACAAGCGAUGGAAGAUAAACUUUCGUCAGCCGCAGAUUUACCAUAUUUUGAAGGUGACUUUUGGCCCAAUGUUUUAGAAGAAAGUAUCAAAGAAUUAGACCAAGAGGAAGAGGAGAAACGUAAACAGGCGGAAGCCGCGGAAGCUGCCGCUGCCAAUGCAUUGUUUCAGAUUUUCUCGUUAUCAGAAGAUUCUGAAACGGGCCCGGAUGGGAAAAAGAAAGGGCAAAAGAAAGCUAAAAAGUCGAAUAAGUCAAAAGCGAAUCAAAGGAAAAACAGUAAAAAAUCUAAUACUCCUCAAACAGGAAAUGACCUUUCCGCAAAAAUUUUUGCAACUAUGGAAAAGCAUAAAGAAGUAUUCUUUGUUAUUAGGUUGCAUAGCGCUCAAAGUGCAGCCAGUUUAGCACCAAUUCAGGAUCCCGACCCUCUUAUUAAUUGUGACCUCAUGGAUGGUCGCGAUGCUUUCCUUACAAUGGCUAAGGAAAGACAUUAUGAAUUUUCUUCCUUAAGACGCGCGAAAUUUAGUUCUAUGUCCAUGCUAUACGAAUUGCACAACCAAGGUUUUGUUUAUACUUGUAAUAACUGUAAGAACCAUGUAGAAACAAGAUAUCACUGUACGGUUUGUGAUGACUUUGACCUGUGUAUAAGUUGUAAAGAAAAAGAUGGUCAUCCUCAUCAUAUGGAGAAACUUGGUUUAGGUAUAGACGAUGAUUCAUCGCCGGCUGAUGCCAAACAAGCAAACCCACAGGAGGCGCGUAAACUUUCGAUACAAAGAUGUAUCCAGUCAUUGGUGCAUGCGUGUCAGUGUAGAGAUGCUAACUGUCGACUAACCAGUUGUCAGAAGAUGAAGAGAGUAGUGCAACAUACGAAAGUGUGUAAACGAAAGACAAACGGUGGCUGUCCAAUAUGUAAACAGUUGAUAGCACUUUGUUGUUAUCACGCUAAACACUGCCAGGAAACGAAAUGUCUUGUUCCAUUCUGUUCGAACAUCAAACAUAAAUUGAAGCAACAACAGCUUCAGCAACGAUUACAACAAGCGCAAUUGUUAAGGAGAAGAAUGGCUGUGAUGAAUACUAGACCUACAGGUACUGUAGGAGCAAUACAAUCCGGGCAACAAAGUUCGAACGUUACUAUGACAACCGGUGUUGCCAUGAAACCAGGAGUUAGUCCUACCAAUUUACCUUCGCCGCAUCAGCCUGGAAUAGGUUUGAAACCAGGCACGCAAACACCACCUGCACACGUUCUUCAGGUCGUUAAGCAAGUGCAAGAAGAAGCUGCGAGGCAGCAGGCACCUCACGUUGGUUAUGGUAAAGUAACGCCAGGUAGCGGUGUCGGUGUCGGGGUUGGUGUAGGAGGACAGACGGGUGGUGUGAUGCCUCCGCCGCAAAUACAGCGGCCGAUAUCGGUCCAAAUGCCAAAUCCCGGUGGUACGCAUCUCAUUCCAAUGGAUCAGUGGACGCCAAGUAGGUAUCAGCCGAAUGCGGUGAUGCAACAAACUCCUGGCUUGAGACAACAAACGCCGCAGCAGUUAAUGCAGCAGCAACAACAACAACACCAAGCACAGCCGAUGGUAAUGAGUGGACCGAUGUCUAGACAACCGGGAGUUAUCGGUGGUGGUCCGGUUAGUCAGGUCGGUCCGCAGGUUCAAAGCACGAUGCACAAGCACGUACUGCAGCAACUUAUGCAAACACUUAAGAAUCCUCAUACUCCCGAACAACAAAAUCAAAUACUUCAAAUACUCAAAAGCAAUCCACCGAUAAUGGCUGCCUUCAUUAAACAACGGGCGCUUGCCCUUCAGCAACAAAGUGGUCAAUACGGCGGAGGAGUUGGUGGACCUAUGGGUCCUAAUCAACCCCAACAACAACCUGGUUUGCAGCAUAUGAUGUCUCAGCAGCAACAGCAACAACACCAACAGCAGCAGCAGCAACAUCAACAGCAGCAGCAACAGGGCAGGAUGCAAAUACAGGCGAUGCUGAAUCAGCAGCAGCAGCAACAACAACAGCAGCAGCAACAGCAACCUGUUCAGCAACAGCCACAGUGGUAUAAACAACAAAUGCUGGUGAUGCAGAGACAGCAACAGGCUCAACAACAACAGCAACAACAGCAGCAGCAGCAACAACAACAGCAGCAGCAGCAACAAUUUACCCAACCACCAGCACCUCCCUACGGUCAACAACGACCGAUAAGGCCGUCUCUUCUCGGUAAGGGUCACUUAGUUCUCGAGAAAACGAGGUUGGUCGAGCCGCUUGGUUCGUGGUCUAACGCUUGCCACGAUUCCGCGUAUUCUUCCUCAGGUUACGGUGGGUUUAGCGAACAAGGAUACGGUCAACCGGGUUUAAAACCAACACCUCCACCGGUACCUUCUCCGCAAAGCGUGAUGGGACCACCCGGGAUAUCUGUACAGCAACAGCUAAUGCAGUCCGUACGAUCUCCGCCCCCGAUACGAUCUCCUCAACCAAAUCCUUCCCCGCGACCGGUCCCGUCACCUCGAAAUCAGCCAGUUCCUUCGCCUCGAUCAGGACCGGUGCCAUCGCCUCAUCAUCAUCCACCACACGGUACGCCGACGCAUUCACCGGCACACGAACUCGGUGGUCCAAGCGAAAUGAUGCUUUCACAGUUGAGCGGUGGAACAGGUGCGCCGACCGGUCACCCCGGUACCAUGCCUCAUCAUCCGUCUCCGGCACCACCGCCUACUAGUGGCACGGACUCCAGUGAAGUGACGCCCAUGACGCCGCAAGACCAACUUUCCAAAUUUGUCGAAGGAUUGUAGUGACUGUUAGUGAAGUCGGUCAAUACUAGUGCCUACUUACGUCAAUGAGCGAACCGAUGCUUUCGUUUUCGUAUCGCGAACCGUUUUCCACAAGAAAAGAAUGAACGGUGUCGCCGAAAUUCCAUCUCUCUGUCAUGAGGCAGAGAGAGAGGAGAGAGAGAGAGAGAGUGUGUAACCUCCAUCCGUUCUGCGUUCCUAGCUUCGUGGAGAUCAGGUACAACUUAUUUACGUCCGGUACGCUGACCCGACUUGUGCGUUCCCAGAUGCUCAACCGCGACGAGUCAGAGUACCAAACACAACUGGUGCGACCAAAUUAAUCCGGAUGAAGCGUGUUCCCUGUUUCUAACUUUCGAGUUUAAGGUGCCGGAGCAAUACAGCGUGAUAUAAUGGUGCUGCUCUAGAUGCUCCAUGAAGAUUCUACAGCAGGCUCAACGAACACUUUGAACUUACAUGUUACUGUAUUCUCGUACCUCAACCCUCGGUGUCCUCGAUCGAGAAAAAGAAAAAAAAAAAACACACAAAUCCGAUGGAACCGACGAGAAAUAAUUAUUUCAAGCUCUACAGUAAAAAAGAAAAGAAAAGAAAAGAAAUCAAGAAAGACUAUUGAUACGUUCGCCCCGUAAACACACGCGUACACACAGAAAGAAAAGAAAACACACUCAUACACGCAAAGACAUAAACACAAUGGCCCUGCUGCCUCUAUCUUUUACUCCCCUUAAAAUACGACCUUUUCAUCUUAAUACUACCUUCCCUCGCUGCUGCUCGUGCAGGCUGAGUGAAAUCGUACAAAUGUGUUGUGUAUACUUAACGUUAAUUAAUAAUUAAUAGUUCAAAUAUUAUUAGCGUAGCGAUUAUAUGCAGUUAUUAUAUACCACUAUUAUUAUUAUUAUCGUGACGAGAUGCAAAGUAUAUAACAAAAAUGAAAAAAAAAAAAAAUACGAACUGUAUGAAACGAGAAAUGAGAAUUACGAUAUUCGAGAAGACGAGGAAGAAGAUAACGAUACCAACAACCAUUGUAUAUGUAAGGAAGGGAAGAAAAACAGAAUUUAGUGGAAAAGUUAAGUAAUGUUAACUUAGGCUAAUUUGUUAUUAAGAGUUCGCUACGGCUGCCGAAGGUUGUACCUUUUAAGCGGUAUGAAAUUUUAUGGAUCAUUCUCAGAAAUUAAUCCUCGGAUAAUCUGCUGAAUCGUUCGUAAUCGAGGAAGGACGAUUACAAAAACCCCCCUCAUAUUUUUUUUUUUUCCUGACAGGACAGGCGAGACAAUGCGGAUUAACGGUGUCGCAACCAAAAAAUGAAAAAAAGUAGAAAUUCACGACAAGCUGCUAUUUGCUAAUUAGUACGGGAGGAUUUAUAUAAAAAAAAUCGUGUUAAUUUUUAAUGAAAGAACGAAAGAAAGAAAAAAAAAAUACAACAAAAACCACAACAAAGUUUUUCUAAUCGAGGGUCCAAAACAUGUACAGUUCAAUCAAAAUGUGUAGCUAAACGAGAAAAAGAAUAAUGCGUAAACCCGAAAAAACGGACCCUCGCGUGAAAAGCGUUCUGUACAUACUAUACUAUUAUUACGAUAAUAAUAACGAUUAUUAUUAA